AUGGCAGCAGUUGGGCAGGCAGCUGCGUCCGAAGCAGCGCUGAGGAGCCCAACCGCGAACAUCCUUUUCAAAGGUGAUCUGGAGGCACGUUUGGCGCGAGUUGGCGACGCAUGGCUCGAUGCAAGCAGGACGUUCGAUGCGCUCUUCGUUUAUACGGGAGCGCUCGCAGCUGGAGAGCCUGCCGGUUACCGCAAGUCUUAUGCUUUGGUUAUGUACAUACUUGGUGUGGAAGCGCAGCAGACUGCUCUGGUGCUGCAGCACACCGACGCCGCGUCAGUACUGUGGAUCGGGACGGCAGAUGCCGAGAUCUGGGCCGCGCUAGAGACAGCUGCCCCAGCGCUGGGUCUAUCCGCGGGUCACCAUGAGGCAGACCGCCAUCAAAAUGGUGUCGAAGUGAACGACGAUCGUAGCGGAGCGUCUUCAACCCCGAAAGCAACCCUUCUACGGGGCAACUUGGGCUCAGACUGGUUCCUGGUAGCCGCUUGGAUAGCAACCAAGCGUGACCUGGAGAAGACGCUUGCCGUGGCGGGGGUUCCUGCGCGUUCCUCAUUGAAUUUGGGUGCCCUGGUGAAGGAGCGGAACGUACAUCAGGGUGACUUUGCCGCGAAAUGCACCGCCUACGUUUUCGGAGACGCGGCAGGGUCGGACGUUGCCACUCCACCUCCGGUGAAUGCAGCGGAAUGGAUUGGAAACCUGCUCAUUGCGAAACUCCCCGAUGAAAUUCAAAAUAUCCGGAAAGCCUCAUAUCUGUGCGCGAAAGUUUGCCAGGCAUACUUUGUGGAACGGAUGGAAAGCAUUUUGGACGAGGACACACCAGUUUCGCAUGAUCGCCUAAGCGAGGAAGUCGAGGCGCGACUGCUCGCACCAGCAACCGUUGGUGUGCAGCUUGUUGCCAGUGAAUGUGAAGCCGCAUACCCACCGAUCAUACAGAGUGGACGAGAUGGUCCCUUCGACCUGCGUCCUAGUGCAAUCAGCAAUGAACAAAAUUUGAGCACGGGCCUGGUGCUCGCCUCGAUCGGUGCACGCUAUCAUCAGUACUGCGCAAAUGUGGUGCGCACUUUUCUCAUAGAUGUGGAGAAACCCAUCCGCAGCAUGUACGCGAAGGCGCUGCAAGCGUUGGAAGCGGUGCGACGCGCGUUGCGCCCGGAGCAGGAGGCAUGGGUUGCCUACAACGCAGCCAUUCAAGAGCUCGGAGAGGAGCUAGCCGCCGCGCACCUUGCCGGGAAACACGUCGGAUUUGGCAUUGGUCUCGAGUUCCGAGACUCAACCUGGCUCUUGAACGAACAGAACCACAAAAUUCUUCGUUCCGGAAUGACGUUCCAGAUUCAGGUCGGCCUGGAGCGGCUUGGGGAGAACAGUACACUCGCGCUCAUGGUAGCAGAUACCGUACUCGUUGGUGGUGCGGAUCCAGAAGGGGCGGAAGUUUUGACCCAAGCUGCCUCCAAGAGCCCUGCCAAAGUAACCUAUUUCCUCGAUAUGGACGCCGACGAGGAAGCGGAUGACGGCACCGUAGGCAAUGCGGGGAAGAAUUCUGAAGCGUUGGCUUCUGAGCAGGUCGCCGGGGAACCCAGUGCUCCGUCGAUCGUUACCCGCCGUCGUGCACAACAAUCUAGUGCUCCUGAUGAUGAUGAUGCAGCUGCGGAAGCGGAGCGCAUUCGACUCCACCAGCAGAAGCUCGCCGAGCAAAAGCUCCGUGAAUCGCGUACCCGAAUUCUGGGAAAGAGUGCAUCCAGUGCAGGGGACCAAUACAGCGCCGAGGGCAAAGGAUUUCGUGCGCUGAAUGCUUAUCGCGCCUACGAGCGAGUUGAAGACUUUCCCGCUGGGCUACGACCGCGCCAACUCUUCGUGGAUAUGGAACGCGAAGUCGUCCUGGCACCAAUCACGGGAAUUCCCGUUCCUUUUCACAUCGCGACGAUCAAGAAUGCCUCCAAGUCCGAUGAGUCGGGCUUUACGUACCUGCGCAUCAACUUCCUUGUGCCUGGCACUAGCGCGUCGACGGCAAGUGCCUCGGGCGCCGGCGGCCUGACGGCCCCCGCAGGUGUCAGCGGCGCCGCGGCACGACUAUCCCUCUUUCCCGAUAACCCCGGAUUCGUGCUGAAAGAACUCUCCUUCCGCUCCGCAAGUGCCGCCAACCUGAGCGAGGUCUUCCGCAAGAUCAAGGAGCUUCGCAAACGCUUUACCAGCCGGGAAACGGAAGCCCAAGAGAAGGAGACGCUCGUGAAACAGGCUCCUCUGAUUCUUGAGACCGACCCGAGACGCAUCCCGCAUCUUGUUGACGUGUCGAUUCGCCCGUCGUUGGGCGCUGGGGGUCAACGUGCAAACCAGGGUGUCCUCGAAGCGCAUGUCAAUGGUCUGCGUUUUCGCUCGCGGCAACAGCGCGCUGUGGACAUUCUCUAUCGCAACGUGAAGCACGCCUUCUUCCAAGAGGCGCGUAACGAGGUCAUCGUGCUGGUUCAUUUCCGUCUGCAUACGCCGAUCAUGGUGGGAAAGCGCAAAACAAUUGAUAUCCAGUUUUACACCGAGGUGAUGGAUGCGACCGUCCGCCUCGCGGAUACGCGACGGAAUCCCUUCGAUAUCGAUGAAAUCGAAGAGGAGCAGCGUGAACGGGAGAAUCGGCAUCGUCUGAACAAACUGUUCUUCAAGUUUACCAAAGAGGUAGAGGCCAAAGCAAAUGAAGAGCUCGAGUUCGAUAUGCCGUAUCGGGAAUUGGGCUUUGAGGGUGCUCCUGAUAAGAUGCAGCGCUUUUUGAUGCCGACGCGCGAUUGUCUCGUUGAUCUUAUCGAGUUUCCACCGGUGAUCAUUUCGCUGGAGGAUAUCGAAGUAGCUCACUUUGAACGCGUGACCUACUCGCUCAAAAACUUUGACCUUGUGUUGGUGAUGAAGAAUUUCGCACAGGAACCGAGUCGUGGUGAGACUCAAUGGAUCCGCAUCUCGUCAGUUCCGAGCACAGAGCUGGACGCGGUGAAAAAGUGGCUUGAUUCCGUCAAUAUCCCCUUCUAUCAGGGUCCAUCGAAUCUGAAUUGGAACACGGUGCUGCGCACCAUUCGAGAAGACCUCGAGGGUUUCUACGAAGAGGGCGGUUGGCGUUUCCUGGACGCCGAAGCGUCGAGUUCUUCCUCUGAAGAUGAGGAUGAAGAGGAAGGAGACGACGCUGGUGCCGGCGCAAAAACACGUGCCUCCGCGACCAAGGCUAGCGCUGGCGGGGCCGCUGCGGAUCUCUCCGAUCAGGAUGAAGAAUACGUUCCUAGCGACGAAGACUUUGAAGCGGAAUCUUCCGAAAGCGACUAUGACGAAGACGAUGAUGAUGAAUCUUUCGAGGCUGACGAGGAAGCAAUUGACUUGGCCGAGGAACUCGGUGAUGACGAUGCAGGUGAAGCCGAGCUCAGUUCCUCUGACGAAGGCCUCGACUGGGACGAACUCGAACGCCGCACCAAGGAGGAAGAGCGACAGAAGCGCAAGCGAUGGCACGACGACGACGAUGACGACGAGGAUGAUAAUGAUGGUGAUGACGAUAACGAGAAUGAUGGCGAUGCGCGACGUCGACGCCACGGACGCAAGCAGCGUGCCCGGGCGCCCUCCGGACAGACAGCGUUGACGCACGGGCCCAAGCGCGUACUUCGUUAG